GAUUUCACUGGAGAAAGAAGUAGAUAUUAGACUGUACGGCUAGUAUUGUUCAAUACCAGUCCUAAUUGCAUCCUCCAAAAGAACUAAUAAAGCAAAUCCAUUUUUAUGGUUAAAGCAACUAUGGAGAUAAUUACACCGGAAGUCACUAUUUGUCUCCUUUCUAUUACGGAAGUGGGCGUGAAUAACAGCCACAUUCAGCAGCAUCACAGCAUCGCAGUAGACGUCUGUAAUUAAUCACUGCAACCUAUUUAUUUACGAUUUAAAUACAUGCAGAUCAGCUUUAUUUCAUCUUUAUCUCAGCGAGAUACAAAUGUGUACAGCUGCAUCCCUUAGCUGUUAAGAGCCCUUGGAAAUAUGAGCCAAACGUCAGAGCCUUCAGCUGAUGCUGCUGUGACUGAAGCUCCAGUUUCUCAGUCUGAAACCAAGCAAUCACCAGCAGGGAAGAAACAAAAAAAGAAAGCGGAAGAAGUGGUGGAGGAAGAAGAAGAGGAGUAUGUUGUGGAGAAGGUUCUGGAUCGGCGCGUGGUGAAGGGAAGAGUGGAGUAUCUCCUCAAGUGGAAAGGCUUUUCUGACGAAGACAACACCUGGGAACCAGAGGAAAACCUAGACUGUCCUGACCUCAUAGCAGAAUUCCUUCAGUCACAGAAAACGGCUGAAUCUGGAGGCAAGAGGCGGGCCGAGUCAGACGGAGAUGGAAAGGAGACGAAAAAGCGCAAGGAUGAGCCUGAGAAACUCAGAGGUUUUGCACGUGGUUUGGAUCCUGAGAGGAUUAUUGGUGCUACAGACUCAAGUGGAGAACUCAUGUUCCUCAUGAAAUGGAAAAACUCUGAUGAAGCUGAUCUAGUACCAGCCAAGGAGGCGAAUGUAAAGUGUCCACAAGUGGUCAUCUCCUUUUACGAGGAACGCCUCACCUGGCAUUCAUACCCCACUGAAGAGGAAGAGAAGAAGGAUGACAAAAACUAGACAAAAAAAAAAAAAAAAAAAAAGAUGUAAAGGACAGUCAAUAUCAGUGGUGGCCAUUGAUAUGCUUGUUUCGUUCUUCGUUCUUCGUUUUUUUUUUUUUUUUUUUUUUUUUUGAAGAUGGCAAAGGAAAGUUGUCAGAAACUAAUUUGUAAACAGCAAAAG